AUGGCCGAUGGUGGGACGGAUUCGGUGAAUGAUCCAUCGCAGUUUCGACUCAAAAGCCGAAGAUCUUACCAUGGAGUAGACAGAGAAACAGUGUCGAAGGAGGCCUUCCUGGAACAAGACAAGGAUGAGAAUUUUGCAAAUCUCUAUGACGAAGUGUCUGAGCAGAAUCUGCGCCGUGUGUGGAGCAGCCUGAGUGGUCUUUGGCUCGCGCACAGCAGCUUCGCGGCAGCCACCGAGGAGCCUUUCCACGUCCGAGAUGUGUCGCUCCUCCCCAGGUCGAAAGAAUCCGGGGAGAGCGUGCUGGCGAGACACAGGAUCGCAGUGCAGUGUUGCAAGGGGUGCAAGUACCCUGAUGAUUGCAGCCCAGGGCAGGAUAACUUUAGCUGCUCCCGGCUGCCCGGGGGCUUUCGCCUGCACUGCGUGGCGGAUGGCCAUGGCGAGGAGGGAAAUUGGGUUUCCGAGCGAGUCGUCCGGGCACUGCCCUACUUCUUGAGCUCACGAGAUUGUCGGCAGAUGCUCCGCGAGGGUGAGGUGGAAAGUGCCUUCUCGUCGGCGUUUGAUCGACUUCAGGAGGAUGUUGUGUCUGCAUCGCGGGAAGCUGGAAUAAAUAUUCAGCUUUCCGGGAGCACUGCAGCAUGCAUCCUGCGCCAAAUUCAUAGCCCCGUCGUCUGGGUUGCGUCCACAGGUGACUCUCGAGUCAUUCAUGUGAGCCGGGAUGGCAGCGUCUCUUUCGCAACCGAAGACCACAAGCCCUCCAAUGCCAGUGAACGUCAGCGCGUCAUCAUGAGUGGCUGCGAAAUAACCACGAGCGACGCCGCAAAUGGAGAGGUGCUGGAAAAGAUUUGCCUCCUUGGGCAGCGUGGCAAGCUUCCGGAACUUGGAUUCACGCGGUCCAUCGGCGACCUGAUGUACAAGAAGUAUGGCGUCACUGCCAGACCAGAGGUUUACAGGCUUGAGAAGGAGUUGGGCGAUGGCUCUGGACACUUCCUUCUGGCCAGCGACGGAGUUUGGGAGUUCAUGAGCAAUGAAGAGGUUGCCUCAAUCGUCCACAGCAAACUUCAGGCAGGUGUGGCAAAAGACUCAAUAGUUCAGGAGGUGGUCAAGGUGGCUCAAGGCAAGUGGAAGGAGCAUGAGUUUGAUUAUUGCGAUGACAUAACUCUGAUUAUGGUGCCGACGCGGCAGGUGACCGGCGCCCCACCUGCUCCUGAUGAUAGUUGCCUGGGAGGCGUCGUCUAUGCUUCGGAGGAAUGCUUGGCGCGUGUAGAUAGACUUUGCGCCAUUCAGUAG